AGAAAUCAAAAAUAAAGUUAGGAACAGAGAAAAAAAAAAAUAUGAACUUCAAAUGGAACAAGCAUAGCAUCUUCAAAAACGAUACGCUUCCAUCCCUGUUGUGCUAAAUCAACAGCCAUUUUUACGGCUCUAAUUUCAGCUUCUUCCACAUUUCCUCUCCCCCAAUCAGAUCUAGAAGCUUCAAGAAAGACGGUCCCUUCUUCAUAUCUGGCUAUCAUACCAAGUCCUCUACUAUUUACAUCAGUUGGGACUGCAGCAUCCAACUUCGUGAUUGUCGAGUGGCUUCCACUUUGCAUUUCUUCUGGAGUUUUUGACUUGAGGAAUAUUUGUAUAGCGCAGUAUCGAAAGAAUCAGCAUAAUCUAACAAACUUAAAAUCUAAUCUUCAAACAUCCAUCAAUGGAGGAUUCUUCAUCAACAAUGUCUUUCAACACCAACAAGCAUCUUAAAGAACAGUUUGUAAGCAACUUAACAGGAUCUUCUAUGCUUGAGAUAUUUUUAAUCGCCUUUGUGACUCCUACAAUUGUGCUUCUUCGUCGUGGAAUUGGAUUUAAUUUCGUUUCUAGUUGCAAUAUUACACAGAGUUCGUCAAAGAAAGAUGAUGAUGUUCUAGUCACAGAAAAGUCUUUGAGUUCUUUCAUGGUGUCAAUAGCUGUGGAUUUUCUCUUCAUGAUUAUUCCUGCUCUUUUGAUUUUCACUGUUUUGUCAGAGUGGCUGCAUGAAUUAGCAUUAUUGUCAACUUUCUUUCUUCUUUUCUAUAUCUUCGUCAGAAGAUAUAGCACCUUUUCUUCUCCUGGGAGCCACCAGCCGCUUGACACUGCAAGGAAAGCUAUAUCAUCAUUUAGAGUAUCCACGAUGUUUGCUGCAUGUGUUUGUAUCCUUGCGGUUGAUUUCCAAAUAUUUCCACGAAAGUUUGCAAAGACAGAGACCUAUGGAACUAGUUGGAUGGAUCUGGGAGUGGGAUCAUUUGUGGUAACAAAUGCAUUGGUUUCACGACAAGCGCGUAAUGUAUAUUCAGGAGGAUGGAAGGCUGCUCUUCAGUCAUCUGGUCCACUAAUCGUGUUGGGUUUUCUUCGUCUACUUUCAACGUCGGGAGUAGAUUAUCAGGUUCAUGUGGGAGAAUAUGGUGUGCACUGGAAUUUUUUUUUCACUCUUGCUGCAGUCUCUCUUCUGUCAUCAUCAAUUAAUAUUCAUCCACAAUAUUGUGGGAUUCUUGGUCUUUUCAUUCUUAUAGGGUACCAAAUUUUAUUGGUGCAGGGAUUAAACACAUAUCUGCUAUCUGAUGUAAGAGGAAUGGACAUUAUAAGCCAAAACAAGGAGGGAAUAUACAGUAUAUUUGGAUAUUUUGGUAUGUAUCUGCUCAGUGUUCAUAUGGGCUACCAACUCUUUUUUAAGAACAAUCAUUCUGCUUCACGUAGAGAUUCACUGACAAGAAAGGGAGUCUUUGCUAUUUCUCUUCUACUGUGGUUGCUGACGCUGGUUUUAGACCAGUAUGUGGAAGAAGUCUCACGGAGAAUGUGCAACAUGGCUUAUGUGAUGCUUGUGCUUGCUGUAAACUUUGAGGUUCUGGCGAUCUUUAUGCUUUCUGAGUUCACUCCUGGAAAUAACUUCACUGUACUCGAAGACGCAUUUAAUCAAAAUCAAUUGGCAUCCUUUCUUUUGGCAAAUUUGCUAACGGGGCUGGUAAACUUAUCUAUGGAUACCCUUACUGCCUCUUCAAUUCAAGCUUUCGCUAUUUUAGUACUGUAUACAUCUGUAUUGUGUUUCUUCGCUAGUGUUACCCAUUAUUAUGGUUUUCGGUUGAAGUUUUGGUAGUGAUGGAUCAUUCAGCAUCAUCAUUACGACUUUUGUUAUUCCUGAUUCAAUCUCUAGCAUUACCCUUUUCUUGUUUACCUGUAUAGACCGAUUCAUUGGAGUAGAAAAUAAAAUUUCGUGAAGCGUAUCGAUUCCAAAGAUGUAUUCCUAUGUUUUUUUCUUUCUAAUCCAGUUGCUGUAAACUGUAUCUGUGUGCCAUACCUAUGCUUACAGAUAAAUACAAACAUCAUAUAUUCUGUUCAAAUUGCAUAGCAUUGUUGUUCCCGAGGCGCUUUCAGUAUAGGCCACAUGUAUAUGCUUCAUUGUUGAUCCUGGGACAUAUGUCUCAACUAUAUAUCAAAAUUGCAUGAUUACAA